AUGGACCAUGUGGCCGACCGCAUGUUUCGACAAGCCGAAAGGUCCAUUGAUCUUCUGAUGGGCAUUGUUGUUGUGUUGGGGUGGUAUCACUACCAUUGCAUGCGACACAGCCAGCUAAACAAUCUGCUAUGUUUAGCCGAGAGCCUGGUCAGCGAUCUUGGCAUCAACAAGAGGCCCCAGGUACAAAACGAGGGGAGAAUGGCAGAUGAGAAGAGGCUGCUUUUGGGGGUAUGGUAUCUGAGAAGCUCAGCGGCAAUGUAUCUCCAGCAACUAACCUCAAUGCCCUUCACCUCUUACAUGCGCCAGUGCCUGGUGGAGUUGGAUGAAGAAGAAGACCACGACCUGGACGAGAUUCUGGUGUACUGCAUCAAACUGCAGUAUCUGACCGAGCGGGUGGCAGUUCUCAAGACUCCCCAACCAGACCUCCCCGAGCAACAGAACCGAGAAAGGGGCACCGCAAUUGCGUCGUCACAGGAAUAUCUGGACAAGGUGAUGAGAGAAAUGCCCUCGGAGCUUAAAACAAACUCCGUAUUGACAACCCACAUCAACACGGUUAUUCUUCGUCUAUACGAGCCACGGCCAUGCACCGGCCCUCUACGGAUUUCAUCGCCGAAACCACGCCGCUCGCGGUCUCCUACUGACCGAAACACCGGGGGCCUAAGCCUUGCAUCAACAAUUCACAGUUCAGACAUCAACACACAGAUUAGAGCCUGGUUUGAGGGGUGGGUGCAAGGCAUCCCGGCCCAGGCUUACCGCACACUACCUUCGAAUUUGGUUUUUCAGCUGCUCUAUGCAGUGGGGUCGUUGCUACGGUCCCAUGGCGCCGCUUCCCAACCACCUCCAAGCUCGUCAACCAGAGGCGACGCAGAGGUCAUUGUGAUUUUGGACCGCCUAGUAGCGCUGUGCUUCGCCAACUUCAUUGGGGGUCAACCGCAGCCGGACAUGACACACUUUUGGGAAGCGUUGGGUGAGCGACACGAGAGGGUGUGCUCCCCUUCCCCAUCAGUCUCUGAGCAUGGAGAUGAUUCCAACGUACCAUUGACAGCCACACCUGCUACCUGGGAACAACAAUAUCGCCAUGGCAGCAACGUCUUUACGCCGCCAUCUAGGGUUGGAUCGGCAGCACCAGACCCCAAGCUGGAGGCAGUCGAUGUCGACCAAUAUCAAGUGGCAUCACUCCCCAUGAUGACCAGCAACCAACUCCAUCCACAGAGUCAAUGGGACUCACAGACAACCCAAACAGGGUGGGAUCACCAUACAGCGACGCCACAAGGCCAGAUGUUGAUGGUUCCCGGAGCCGAAGGAGUGGUAAAUCCACAACUUUGGGGGCAGGAUCAAGGAACGGGCGCAUAUCACCAUUCCGAAGGGGGUUACUUUAUGGGUUGA